AUGCCCGGAGGUAAGAUCACAUUCCAACCAUAAAGUUUAUUAUGUGCUGAAACAUUACAGUCUUACACUUUUGUCAUGAAAAUUGUUCUUGCUUCUUGAAAAUAAAAAUAAUGUUCACAGAAUAUGCUCAGCUCACCUAACUUGUACGCGUGAGCUAUGAACAAACUUUUAAGCGCACAUUAGUAAAUGACCACAAUGCCAUGAAGAUUUCUAGGACACGUGUUACGAAAAAUAAUUUGAUCACUCUAGAACUGUCCUAUUUUGCAUCGCCUGCAGCUGGAAAAGCAGCGAUCGAAAUUGUACAUUUCACAAUUUUUGUCGAGCGCGCUGAGAUUGGGAUAAUCUAGCCAACGGAAUUUUACCUUGCUACAAGUAACAAGGGGUGUUCACUGAGGUCAGUAAGUGAAUCCAUGUUCUCUAGAACAUAACGCAUCGAAGUAUUGGUUGGUGUGUCUCCUGUACGAGUCUGUGAUAAAUCCGUAAUUCACCGGGUGAGAGGUCUGUGUUGUGUCAGCUCAACGAGGAAAAAAUUGAUAUCUACAAACUCGACUACCAAAACUACAUGAACUCACAGAUAAUCUUAGCUGAUGUGAAGUUAGCUAAUUCAGAAAAGCAGGUCAGAGAUGGCUAACGCCGUAGAGAAGAAAGAUAUAUUGUUUUCAUCGGCACUGAUCAAACAUAAACUGCAGAUGUUAAAAAUACAGAAAUCAAAUAAAAGUCGUGUUUUCUAUCUCAUUUUUUUAUCCUUUAUUGUGAUUAUGAUUAUGAUCUUUUCAUGUUAUCAUCGUUAUUAUAAUUAUCGAUUUCUUUAUCAUCACUAUGAUAAUUGAUAUUUUUGUUUCCAUUUUUAUCAUUUUGUAGAAUGCCCGAAUUUAACUUUUAAACACUCUUCGUACAUAAUUUCGUUAAGUGGAGAGUCCUGGCGCUCGAACAGAGGUGCUUGCCAAAGACAAGGAGGGGACCUAGUUUCCAUUGAAACCGAAGAGGAAUGGAAUUUCAUCAAUAACGAGAUUCAAAAGCGGAAUGCUACGCACUAUCAAAAUAAACGGAGUGUUGGUUUAAAAAAAAUGGCCGGAAAUUGGACCUGGGUGAGUGGAAGACCGCUGAUUAUUUGCAAAUGGGGACAAGGGGAGCCAAGUGGUAAAUACGACGCGGCUUUCAUAUACAAGCGGUCCAGUAAUGGCGAACGGGGCGUGUUUGGUAGUGCUGAUAGUAGAAUUAAGGAAAACUGGCUCGCUUUUGUUUGUGAGAUUUCGAAGAGUACGUUUUUUGUUUUGUUUUUGUUUGUUUAUAUAUAUAUAUAUAUAUAUGAAGUGUUAAAUUUUGACUUUCGUAAAACAGUGUGCAAUACGUAGGAGUAGAGCGAUGUAUAUAUUGUGGAACGAAAAAGACAAAUUACCUACAAGUUCAUCCCUACAGACCUGUUUCGUGGUUGCCCACUCAUUAGGCCAAAUCAAUAGACAGAUAGACAGAUUAGAUAUAUAUAUAUAUAUAUAUAUAUAUAUAUAUAUAUAUAUAUAUAUAUUCCAAUUGCUUUGUUAGAUAAUAACGCGUGGUGAUGUGAAGUGGGUUAUCUUUCGUAAAUUACUAACGUAUGCAAUUACAGCUGUAGGCUGACAUUAAUGAAAUACGAGUAGUCGAAAGAGUAGAAUUUAAAAAAUAAGAGGUUUAAAAACGAAUUGAAAAUAACUUUUCUCUUGAAUUUUACAUGCUUACCAGAAGAUUUUGACACGUUAGAGAAAAAUCGGUGGGGUAAACAGUAUUAUAUGACGACAUCAAGAGAAGAUGUAAGAGAAGCGCAUACUAUUCUGACGUGUUGUUUCGCUGACCAUUGCACCAUCUAUCCAUGGAGAAACUCGUUUGCCGUCGUUUCUUUCGAUUUUGGCCCAUUUUCUAAAACCAGAGAACCGUGACGCACUAAAAAAUAGCAUUUCAACCAUUACAGACAUCAUACAUGUCAUCGGAAGAAGAAAAUAUUUUGUAUCCUGGACAAUCCGUUCAAAACAUCAGGAACAUCUACUUAGGUUUUCUGACCGCUGAUUAGCAUGCGUGUUGAUCUCCCUAGGUUCCAGACCCUAUCAGUUCCCCCUUCCCCCUCCGCCCUCCCCUGGGGUGAUUGCUGAUUUUUCUUUCAAUUUUAAAACAGCUCUAAAUGGUUCCCAAUGCCUACAUUUAUUAUACAUUGAGGGUUUGGUGAAAACAAACGGUAAAAAGUUCUACCAUGUCAACGACAUAACAAAACAAUUUUAAACAGAGUUAAACUUAUAACAACAGAAACUCGCUUUUUCUGUAACUAAUCUAAGUUUGCUUGUUUUUAGUUGGCAAAAGAAUUGACCUUGUGGCGGUCAUUUCCGGUGGCGCAGAAGUAACAAGAGGACUCCUCAGAAACAUCACAUUGAAUGCUUCUCUGUCAUAUGACCCAGAAGUUGCACAUGGCAACCGAUUAGGAAUGAAAUUCACCUGGCAUUAUGACAAAGUCGCAGGAAAUCCCUCCAGCAAAAAAACGGAGGCGAAAGUGGAGAAAGAUGUCUUCACGGCAGUAAACGAGUCUGCCAUUCAUUAUUAUGUAAAAGCAUCUGGCGAACAAAUUUCCUUAAACGCCAAAGCUUUGUCUGUUAAUCAGACCUACAUAGUUAAAUUGGUAGUGACUAAGGACAGACGUAUUUCCACCGUUUAUCAAGUUAUCCAUAUGAUAGAAGGAGACCCCCCAGAAAUAUAUCAAAGGUUAGGGAUUUACUUUGUUUGCUUCUGUUGUUAUUUAGUUUGUUUGGUUUGUUUUACCGUUGGUUUUGUUGCCGUUGUUAACACUUACAUUUGUUCUUGACCCUGCUAUUUCUCUUUAUUUUCGCUAAUGAUGCUUCUGUCGUCCAAUGUUUUGUUUCUGAUUUUGUUAUUUUUCGUUGUUUCUGCUUCCGUCGUUCUAUAUACUUUGUUGUUGCUGUUAAUGAUAAUGUUGUUUUCAUUGUCGUUAUGGUUAUUACUGUUGUUGUAGCUACUUCAUUAGCAGUUGUUCAUAUCAAUGUGAAUUAAAUUGCAGCCACUGCCACAGUUGUUCUUCUUAAUUACAUGAUCUCAUCAGACAAAGGAAGUUCAAAACCCCUUCUUCACAAGGUGUUCGUCUAAUCUUUCUUCUUAAUUUUAGAUGUUUCUUUAACUGUCAACCUAAAGUGAGUCCCUUCGUCAAACUUAGUAUCAAAUCACAAUGUCGCGGAUUACAGAGCUCUAAAAUAUCAUCUUAUGAGUGGAGACUCUACCAGCAGUUCAAGCGAAACACCUCCUUUACUUGGCAAAGGAAACAUAAUUUACGACUCGUCACAAGUACACCACUGAAUUCAAGUGACAUUGUUAUCAAAGGAGGUUCCCUUACUGGUGGAAAUAUGUACCGCUUGGCACUAUUCAUAACAAUUACGGACGGUCUAAGGGGAAUGAAUGCUUACGAUUUUUCUACAGCAAUACCUCCUACAGGAGGGAACUGCUCGAUCACUCCGCCAAGCGGCAUCUCACUGAAGACCGAUUUCAAUCUGAGCUGUAGCAACUGGAGAAGUGACAACACCCCUCUGUCGUACCUGUUUCAGUACAGGCUAGAGAACGGGUUGUACAGUGUGUUAUAUCGUGGCGUUAACAACAACAUAAGUACCUCAUGGAUACCGCCUGGGAACAAUACAGAUAAUUUUACUGUCAAAGUUAUCGCUACAGUGACUGACAAUUUUGGAAUUUCUACCUCCCUAAUCUCUUUGACAGUUCAGGUAAGUCGCUAUUAAUGUCUACCAUGAAAGGAUGUGAGAAAAUUUUUAUUUCUUUUGGUCCCUAUUAGUAAUAGAUCAGUUAUAGUUAAUUAUAGAUACCUGCUUUUGACUUUUGCAGAUCAAGCCAUCUCAGAACAGAAGCCUUCUAAUGGCAAAGGGCAGUACAUUUCAGAAAUUCAUCGAGAUCGGACACCUGAAAGAAGCGGCGCUAAUAGCAAACUCAUUCCUGCGAUCAGUUUCACAAGAAACCUCAAUGGGUUUUCAGGAGAGAUACAAGGUACGUACUUUUAAAACGCAAGUUGUUCCUUAAAAAGUGAAACAAAACUAGUUAAUUACGAUCGUACCCGAAAAGUAAAGAGUUUACCGAGAGCUAAACAUGCAAAAAAAAAAAAAAAGAAUAAAGAAUUUGUAUUAAGAAAUAUAAUUAUAAUGAUGAUAAUAAUAAUAAUAAUGAUAAUAAUAAAUCAACUCUCGAAAACGGACAAAUAUAAUACAUUAAAUAUAUGAACAUAUUUUUGAGAAAAAUAGAGGCUUGUCUGUCAAAUAGCUGAUAUUUUUGCAGCGCGAAAGUCGUGGCUACCGCGUUAGAUGUUCACUUUCCAUUAUUCUGGCGGGCUCAUUGUGUAAGCAAACAAUUCCGUCUUCCGUUGUGACGAGUAAAGAAGGCUCUAGAGCCUUGAAUUAAAUCUCAAACUAAGACUUACAACGUCUUGAAAAUGAGGCUUCAAAUUUUGUUUCAAGGGCGGAAAUCGCCAGGCAAUCCAUUAUUUCAGCUUGGACAUUAUCGGUGUUUUGAUGCAUGCGAAUCAAUCAUGCGCUUGCAAAUUUAUCAUUUUGAUGGGUUUUAUUAGCAAUGUCAUUGAGGAACCUGAUACGUUGAGUUUAAGUAUGCCUUUAGAUGUAUUAUCCUUGGAACGAGCCUAAUAUGAGGGAUACAGUCUGUUUCCCUAUUUCUCUACUGGAUUAAAUAACGUUAAGCUUUAUCGUUGUUCAAGGUUAUGAACUACAUCCUUGAAAACAUUUCGCCCUUGGACGCGAAAACUGCCACAGACCUCCUCCGAAAAUCUUCGGUUAUCGAUUCUGCUCUUCAGGUUCUGCAGGAAGUGCCCCACCAGUCUCUGGUAAGUGAUGUACUGAUUUGAGCUGGAAUAGCCUUGGUUCUUAUGUCAAGUUUUCAUACCAUGAUACUAUUUAGCCAGAAAGGCUACUGAAGCAACAAAAAUAACAACAACAGCAAAGACGAAGAAAACGGAAACAAAUAAGCAUGAAAAACAAGCAACUGUUGUGUUAUCAAAUGAAUCAAUCUAUAUUUUUGUACUUACUUUAAAUAAUUCGCCACAAAUUAUUUCUACAAAGUUCACUGGAAAGAAAUCUGAAAGUAAGCAUUUUUAGCUUCAUUUAUAUUUAUUUGCACUCCACAGAAUUUCUCCUUAUCUGCUAUCAGUUCAAUGACGUCACUCCUAUGGUCUAUCGCCCAGAAACGAGACGUAGCAGACAUAUCGCUGACAAAGCAAUCAGCAGAAAACUUGGCUUCGUGUCUUAAUACCGUGUUGAAGGUAGCAGCAGUGACUGCAUCAGAAGACUCCAAGUCAAGUUUUCAACAACAGGUACUUUAAUGUACAUUUAGGUGAUGUCCAAGAUUCUACAAAUUAAAUAGACCUUUGAAAACGUAAUUAUACAUGCAAGCAUAAUCAUUAGACUUUAUUCAUUGGCAAAUGGUCCAUAGCAGAUUGCUGUUAAUUUAACCGUUACUCCCUUCUUCAUUUAGAUUUUGAACCUUUUAUGGUUUGUUUUUAUGUAUGUUUGUUUUAAGCUUGCGAAAAUCCAUAAUUUGCUUACAUGAUAUGGUUAUUUAUGCAAUUUGUACAGGGUAAACUACUGGUGAAGAUUUCAAUGAAGACCCUCGAGAAAGUUGCAGACUCAGUGUUGGCCUUGACAGUACAUGAUGAAAGAACGAUAUCAUUCACGGCAGGACAACUAUCCAUGACACUCGGAAGAUAUAGCCUUCAUAGACUUUCAGGACUGAAAAUAAAAGCAGGAAAAGGCCGGUUUAUUUUACCGUCUAAAAGCCAAUUGUUACUCUCUGGAGUAAACAAAACAAGUUUUGUAAAUGUUCAGGUAAGUAUUCCUGCCCUUCAGGCAAAUUUCAAUCCAAGUUUUUUUUUGCUGAUACCGACACCAGUCAAGUUAAAAUAGCACUUAAAGGUUGCUUAUUACCUCCAGCAAUCAUAUUUCUUGUUUUGCUUUUGACGUGUUCAACUCUGGCACUUGCGCAGCAAAAAAGAUCGAGUCAUGUGACCGAAGAGACCACAUUAAUGUUAUUUAUUUUUCGUUGUUUCUCAAAUAUAUUCUCAGUUUUAUUUUUAUCUCAACUAAUGAUAACUUAUGAUUAAUAGUAAGAAGAAUUACCAUGUUAACGUGUUCAAUUAUAGCAGUCCACAAAAACGAACAAGCAAAAUUCUUAAUUAUUCUUCUUUUAGAUGUUCUCAUUUUCUUUCAAUCCUUACACUUGGGACGCCACAAAGGAGCGAGUUGGCUCUGAUGUUGUAACCCUGCUCUUGAAAAACAACGAUAGCGAGCUUAUUAAAGUAUCAAAUCUUACGGAAGGCAUUGUUAUCGUUACGCCUUUAAAACUUCAGAAAAUCUCUGCUUCAGAAAAGUCAUGGUAUUUCACAAAGAACGAUGAUCUACGUUUCCACGAGAUAAACGUCAAGUAUGAAAACACCCUGCUGAUGCUGGAAAUCAAACCUCAAGAUCCAACUGUACAUCUGUUUGUCUAUAUGCGGUUUAGUCAGCGACCGACAACUCAAAACUACGACUUCAAUGCUACUAUCUCUUACGACAAAAAGUGUGUUUGGAUGAUAAGUGCUCAUAACAAAAGUGAAGGGCAAACAGUUUGCUCCUUGAAUCCACAUGCACCGAUACACGUUCUGGCUGAGCGUCCCGGGAAGUACUUCCUCGGCUUAAAAAAUUACAAUGCCACAGUGAACUUAUCUCAUAAAAGGGAGAAAAGAUCUUGUCUUGGUGGAAGGCGAAGGAAGCGCUCCUGCGUCGAAGUCAAAGAUCCACCACCCACCCCACCCCAGACUGAAAAGGUCUCUGUGAUACCAGUCUAUGAUUCCAAAACAGACCAGAACUUCACUCUAAAAGUGGCCUUAGCUAGUUGUGUUUACUGGUCAGAAAAAUUUGACAAGUGGAUAUCAUCUGGCUGUCGGGUAAGUGAAAAGUUAAGAGACGAUUUUCAGGACAAUCUUUUUUUUUAUAAUUUGACACUGUAUUCGACAAAGUUCAGAUGAUUUGAGCUUUCCCGAGUAUUGUUUGCAAAAGCACUGUCGUCUUGUGCUAGUCUUAACUCAUUAAGCUUAUUAUUGAAUUCAGGCUAAUCUUUGACUAGACAAAAGUCGAAUUGAUUUGAUAACCAGCUGGGGCCUAGAAGCGCCUUUAAACACAAAAGAUACAGUGUGAUCAGUGUUGACAGCUAAAAUGAUAAUUUUUAUUGUUAACAUCUUCCUUGUAUUUUAUAAUUUCAGGUUUUAGCAGAAUUAAAUGGAUUUUUAAAAUGUAGCUGUAGCCAUUUGACAUCAUUUGGGGGAAGUCUCUUAGUCGAACCGAAUCCUAUUGACUUCGACAAGGUUCUAGUCGAGUUUCAGCAGUUAUCAGAAACUGGAAAUAUUGCAGUAAUCGUAGCUAUUGCGGUGGUUUUAUUGUGUUAUAUGACUGUGCUUGUUGUCGUAAGGAAAUUCGACAAGGAAGACGCGAAAAAUGUAAGUGUCGAACUAGAUUUUGCUUAGGACCAUUGUUUUAACAGAGCAUGCUCUCCAGUAUAACCCUUUCUCUUUCAUGAUCUGGUCGUCAAUUCUCUCCUCCGGUUGCCAUACAUCUUUUUUUUUUUGUUAAAAAGUCAUGAAAAGUUGCUAAUAGAUCAAGAUAACAACUUCUCCCUGAUAAAUUUGAAUAUUCUCAUAACCUCAUUACCUGGAUAAUGUGCGGACAUUUUUGGGAGAAGUUACAUGUUGAUAAUCUCUGGGAGUUAAACGGUUUAAAUAAAAAAGGUUUUAAUGUUGACAACAUAAUUAGUUUUAAAGGUUUUUUGAGAUUGAAAUUUUAACUUGAAACUGCGUUGAGCAUAUCCUUGAAAAAAAAUAAUGUUUAAAAGUGAAGUGACAGCUAAUUAAAUUAAACUGUUAACAAAGUUUACGGGUUUUUUUUCUCUUUUUGGAAUGGGACAAAAAGGCGAAUUAAGAAUACAAAUUAGCUAGCUGUGUUAAGAACUCAUGGUUUAUCAUGUUUUUCUAGAGGGAAUUACCGAUCCAACUUCCAUCAUCUUCAAGCAGCACCUAUGAAUACGUUAUAGUGAUUACCACAGGGGCUUGGAAAAACUCCAGCACGACUGCUCAUGUUGCUUUGGAGAUCUACGGUUCUGAAGGAAAGAGUGGUAUUCUUCAGCUUAGCCAAGAAGAGCCUGGUGCAGUUCAAACGUUAUUCUCUCGAGGUAAUUCAGAUGUUUUUGUACUUUAUGUUAACAAAUCCCUUGGUUCGAUUCAAGAAUUACAGAUUGGACAUGAUAAUUUUGGAGAUAAUCCCUCGUGGUACCUGGAGGAAAUUGUCAUUCGGGACGUACAAUCCAAGCAGUCGUGGAAAUUCAUGGCCAAUCAGUGGUUUGCUCUUGAGCGCGGAGACGGGCGCAUCGAGCGAAUAAUCGACAAGACCUCAAAUCAUCUGGACUUUGGCGAUGAAGUUGCAAGACGUUGGCGAAGAGGCCUCGCGGAGUGGCACAUUUGGAUUUCAGUGGCAGCCAAGCUAAGAAAAAGCCGCUUUACAAGAGCGGAGCGGCUUUCUUGCUGCCUUUCAGUACUUUUGACAUCCAUGUUUGCUAACGCGAUGUUCUAUAAGUUAGAGGGCAAAUAUGAACAGCCUAUCCAAGUCGGACCGCUGAAAAUGUCGUGGAGACAAGUGGUGACUGGAAUUGAAAGCGCGCUCCUUGUGACGCCCAUAAACAUUGUCAUAGUGUUUCUGUUUCAGAAAGGAGCUGAAAAGUCUGCGACGAACAAUGACCAUUAUCUCAAAGGUACCCUGAUCUCUGGUGUCGCUUGGUGUUUGUUAUGUUUUUCUUGUACUGUUUCGGCUGCGUUUUCAAUUUUCUACAGUCUAAUUUGGGAAAAGAGUGUCAGUGAGCAGUGGCUGUCUUCGAUGCUUAUUUCAUUCGCACAGGAUGUAACAAUCAAGGAACCAGUAAAAGUGUUCUUCACAGCUUUAACAUUCGCGGCCAUUUUAAAGAUAAAGGCGAGGAGAUCAAAAGUACACGCCUGCGAAGGCCCUCAGCAAGUUAAAACUGGGUACCAUAAGAAACAUUUUUGGGCACUGAAAUUAUCAGAGGUGGAAGAGAUGAGGAGACGACAAGUUAAGAAACAGAACCUGGCACGUUAUUUCACAGAGUUGGGUUUAUACUUGGUCUUUGUUUUCUUGCUUAUGGCAGUGUGUUAUGGAAACAGAAAUGACCAUCGUUACUUAAUGACGAAAUCAAUCCGAGAUGGACUACCAAACUUUGACAAGGUGAGUAGACAUUAUUUCGUUACGAUAAUUCCAUUGCUAAAACUCGCGUGUUAAAGCGGCUACCUCAUACAAACAUACUAUUUAAGGGGUUGGGUACCAUGGGAAUGAGCACGUGGGAAUAAUAGUCUACAGCAUGCCCAUAAAUACUAACUCGUUUGUGUGACUUAAACCGGUUCUACUCAUCUAUUCAUCUAUGCAUACUAUACUGCUGUACUUAAAAGUACAUAUAUAUAUAUAUAUAUGUAUAUAUAUAUUUCUAUUUAUUCAUUUAUUUAUUUAUUUAUUCAUUUAUUUAACCCAAUGAUCUUCUGAUAAUCCAGGUGACAAACAAUACAAUGUACUGGAACUGGUUACAGCGUGUUUUCAUCCCGGGAGUGUUUUCUGGCAGAUGGUAUAACGGUCGAAACGAAGAGCAAACAAUCUAUAUUGGUAAUAAACACUCUCUUCUUGUCGGAAUGGCUCGAGUAAGGCAACUCAGAGUGAAAGCGAGUAAGUUUUUCCAUUCUUACUUUUUUUGCAUUUCAGAGCUGCUGAACAUUGUAACAAUUGUCUAAAGAAGUGUUUACAUAGCUAGGUUUUGUAUAUGAACGUUAGUUAAAUUUGGGUUUUAAUGGUGGCGUUCCUUUGUUCCGUAGGCAAAUGCUACUUUGAAUGAUAAUAACAGAAAUGCCCAUGUCUAUUUAAAAGUACGAAAUUUGACAAAUCUCUGAGUGAAAUGGAUACCAAAACAAACCUUCUGAUUAUGGCCAUUUGUUUUCUAACUUUCAGCUCAAUGCAAAGUCCUAAAUUAUAUGGAAACAUCGUUCCAAGAAUGUUUCAAGGGAUACUCUACAGAGAACGAAGACAAGACCGCCUACAGCAAACCUGGCUGGAGGCCUGUCGACAAUGCUUCGAGGAAUGACAAGUUAUUACUACUUUGCCCGCAGCCAUGGCGAUAUCAACAUGCCAAGAAAACCGACACUACACCCAGGUGGGGACAGUUCUCCUUUUAUGAUGGAGGAGGAGGAUUUGUAGCAGACCUCGGUUAUGAUAACCAUACGGGAUUCAGCAUAAUAACAAGUUUACAGAACAACGGUUGGCUUGACAGAAAAACGAGAGUUGUCCUGGCAGAGUUUUCGGCAUUCAAUCCGUCGGUGAAUAUUUUAGGUGUUGCCACAUACUUCUAUGAAGUUGAUACAUCUGGACUGAUAGCAGCCUCCAUGCAAACUCGUGUUCUUUCACUUGAUUCUACGGGAACACCCUCGCAUCAGUUUUAUUUGAUUUGCUUGUUUCUGUACAUUGUAUUUGUUUUACUGUAUUUUGUUAGAGAAAUUUUCAGGCUUUACAAUCAUCGUUUUCGAUAUUUCAAGCUCAUGUGGAAUUGGAUCGAGAUAUUCCAAAUUGUCUUCUCUCUGAUUGCCGUAGUGAUGUACAUAAUACGACAAAGUAAAGUCAUGUCAACCAUGGGCAAACUGCAUAGAAACAUUUACGAAAAUCUAAGUUUCCAAGAAGCUAUCACUUGCCAAGAAGUGGAAAAUGUCGUAAUUGGAAUUCUUACUUUCAUCGUCACCAUCAAGUUAUUGCGGAUCAUUCGCUUCAACAACUAUGUUGUUCUAUUCUCCAAAACAUUGAAGAUAUCUGCACGAUAUUUGUCAUCCUUUAGCAUCGUUUUAUCCAUUUUCUUUGUGGCAUUUUUGCACUUCGGUGUCUUGAUGUUUGGCUCUGUAACUGAGCGCUACUCUACAGUUCUGAAAGGAGCUUAUUUCCAACUCUAG